CUCGGCGGGGGCGGGGCCUGGCGGGGGCGGCGCGGAACGAGGCGGCACCGGACGGAGCGGGCGCGGAACCGGGGGGGGCCCGGCGGGGCCGCGGCCAUGGCCGAGCCCGGAGAAACGCUGGGGCCGCUGAAAACCGAACCGCAGCCCCCGGAAAAGCGGCGGAGAACGAUCGAGGACUUCAAUAAGUUCUGCAGCUUCGUGCUGGCCUACGCCGGCUACAUCCCGGCGGCCGCCGAGGACCCUCCCUGGGCCUCCAGCGGUCCCAGCUCUCCCCGUGCCCCCUCGGGCGACGCCUGGGGCUCGGCUCCGGCCGCUCUCCGCACCAUCGAAACCUUCGUCCGGAAAGCCAAAUCCUCCAAAAAAAGAUCCCUGGCACCCUCAGAAUCCACAAUUUUGGACAAAAUGCGCCUCAAAGAUUCCCUCUUCGACCUCCCCUCCCCCCAAAACCCCCCGGGACCACCCCCCCAAAAACGCCGGGAGCGCCGCAGCCGCCGGGGGGACCCCGGGAUGGGCGGAGGCUCCAGAGGGAGCCGGGAAAACUCCAGGAUUGGGGUGAAAAAGAGCAAAAAAAGGCGCUGGAAAAAAGGGGAGAGGGGGAUUUUGGGGGGCAGGGGGGGGUCCCCGAGUGGGGAGGAGACGGAUUCAGAGGAGGAGCCGCCCUCCCCUCCCCCACCGGCGCCGCCUCCCCCUCCCCUCCCCCAACAAGGGGGGAUUUUGGGGGGUCCCGGGGGGGUUUUGGGGGGGAUGGGGGGGAAGGAAGGGGGGAGCACGGAGACGAGCAGGGACGGAGACGGCAGCGACAGCGACGGGAGGGUGAUGGAUGAGGAUAUCAUGGUGGAGUCGGGCGACGAUUCUUGGGAUUUAAUCACCUGCUACUGCCAAAAACCUUUUGCUGGCCGGCCCAUGAUCGAGUGCAGCCAAUGUGGAACCUGGAUUCACCUUUCCUGUGCCAAGGUGAAGAAAAACAACGUCCCCGACGUCUUUUAUUGCCAAAAAUGCCGCGAGGGACCCCGCAGGGCCACCCCUGCCACCCCCAGAACCACGGGGGACCCCUAAAAACCCCUCCCCAACCUCGUUUUUGGGGGGUUAAAAACUUGAAAUUUCAUUUUUUUUAACUUUUGAGGUUUUUUUCCUUAAGGUUUGGACGUUUUUCUUCCCCUAAAAAACAAAAAUAUUUUAAGGGGUGGGUGUUAAAAAUUGAAUUUUUAGGGUUGGAACAAUCCUGGCAUGAGGUUUGGAGGUUUUGGGGUGAAAUUGGGAGGUUUUUUUAAAAAAUUGGGAAACACCCAGAAAUUUGAGGUUUUAAAUUUUAUUUUAAGGGUUUAGAAGAUUUUUUUUUUUUUUUUAUUUUUGGAAUUGUGGGGUUUGGAGGUGAACCCAAAAUGAAAAUGAUUUUGGGGUUUUGGAGCCUCCCCUGGAAAUUGGGAUAUUUUAGAGCACCCAAAAAUGAGGAUUUUUUUGGGGAUUUUCACCUCAAAUUGAGAGAUUUUGAGGUUUGGAUCCCCUUCACAUAAAUGAGGAGGGUUUGGGGUUUUUAAAACCCUGAAAAUUGAGAUUUUUGGGGUUUUCUCCCCUGAAAAAUGGGGAGUUUUGGGGGUGUUUUACCCAUCAAUUGCGAGGUUUUGGGGUUAAAUUUUGGGGGAGGUUUUUUUGGGGUCCCUCAUCUGCAGGACAGGAGGGUUUUGGGGUAGAAGAUUUGGGUUUUUUCUCACCCCAAAUCUUGAAUUUUUUGGGGUUCUCCACCCUUAAAAUGGGAAGAUUUGGGGGGUUUCCCUUACCCCAAAUGAAGAUUUGGGGAACCCCCUUUUAAUAGGGGAGGUUUUUGGGGGGAUCCUACCCCGAAUAAUGAGAUUUUGGGGGGUCCUUCACCCCAGACAAAAAGAUUUUGGGGAAUCUCCCUAAAAUAGGGAGAUUUUUGGGGUGUUCUUUGCCCCAAAUCAUGAGAUUUUGGGGUGUCCCACCCCCCGGAAAAGGAAAAAUUCGGGAGACCCCCACCCAAAACUAAGAUUUUUUGGGGGAAAACUCCCCUAAAAGAGGAGAUUUUGGGGUCCCCUACCCCAAAAAAAAGAGAAUUUUGGGGUUCCCUGCCCCGUGUUAGGAGGUUUUGGGGGUCCCAGUUAAAAUUUUAAGGGGGGGGGGACCCCACAAAGUUCAAGGAGUUUUGGGGGUUUUUUUUAACCCCUUCCCUCUCCCAGGGCACGAAAUUUGGGGAGGGGGGGUCCUGUUACCCCAAUUCCUGAAUUUUUGGGGGUGUCUCCUGUAGAUUUUUUUUUUGGGGGGGGGAGGAAGAGGAAGAUUUGGGGGGUUUUUCCCUCACCCCCCAAACUCCGAGGUUUUGGAAACCGAGUUUUUUCACACGUGUGUUAUUUUUCUAAACGUGUUUUCCCCUGCACCCCCACUUUUUUUGGGGGGGGGCCUCUCCCAGGUUUUUUGGGGGGUGUUUAGAGCAUCAAAAUGGGGAGGGGGGCACCCCAAAAAAUUCCCAGUUUUGGGAGGAGUUUAAGGAUUUUUCUCCCCUUCAACCUCCCCCAGUUGGAAUUUUGAGGGUCCUCCCCUCCCCUCCACCUUUUAUUCCCUUUUUCCUCUUUGUUUGAAGGAUAAUAUUUUGGAUUUUUUGGGGGGGGCUGCAGCCCCCUCACCCCCACCCCCCUGUUGUAAAUAAAUGGCGCCGUUGCUUCGUA